UUGACCACGUCGAAGUGGUAACAUCAAUGCCCGAGAAGCAUAGUCAAAUUUAUAGUUGCGGACUUCUGAAGCCCAUUUCGACAGUUCGCUUUAGCUGACUUGCCCACACCGGUACAUGUGUCGCGGGCACAACAAAGAAGGCAACGCACUUCUAUCUACUUAUCAAAGAAGAUGUCUUUAUUACCGUCUCUCGCAUUCCUUUGCACGGCGAGCUUCGCUCUUUCAGCUGCAGAUCAAUCUUGCAAUCACGGGGACAACCUCUUUGACAUCGGGCUAGCGAAGGUGAUGGGCAUGCCAUCAUUCGAAGCUUUUCCCCUGGAAGAUAUUCGCCGCACAUUCACAAAGAUAUUUGACUUCCACGUACGCCUGUCUACAGGGAAGCUCUGCGGCCUGUCGAACCUCAAGCGAGAUGACCGCAGCUACAUCAAUGCCACCGAUAGCGGCAUCACAGCCCUCUUCAAUAUUGCAGGGGGUCCCCUGGCAGUGACGUACACUGGAAAGGUCAACUCUAUACUGGUAGACGCCCGCGUAAAUGUGAAUGUCUACAUUCCAUGGAUCAGGUUGUUCAUCUACGUCGUAGAGCCAUCGCCGAACAAUCUACAGCUCGCUCGACUGGGGUUUUCGGCUGGACCAGUGACCUUCUGGGCGGACCAGCUGGACGGAACAAGCUUGAUGUUCGACUUUCUCCAUUGGCUGGCAGAAAGCCACAUCGAGAAGGCACUCAACGACAAAAUGGGCGAGAUGGUCAUCGAAGUUGUGCACCAGUUCCUUGGCAUGGUGGAGCUUUUCGCCAAAAACGGAACGAAGAUCGGAGAAGUUAAAAAACCACGAGAAGAUCCCGCCUUCAUCCCGGUGUGGUUUUUUCCGGAAUCCAUUUAUCAUAACACGAACCCCUGGCAAGAUCCCAGCAAAUGGGGAAUAUUUGAUUACAGCGUCAAGCGAAUGACAAUCGCUUCAAAGCUUGACCCAGUUAUGUUGACUGACGUAGACGAUGUCACCUGGGAUGACUGGCUCGUCCACAUAACUAAUGUGACCGUAGACGGCCUCGGUUUUCUCCGCCGAGGCGGCGACAAUUAUGCAGUGGCUGAUAAAUGUGGCAUCAGCGCCCGUGUAGCCCUAGCAAUGGAGAACAUCAAGGUCCAGAUUUACGCCACCACUGACAGUCCACCUCUGCGGGUGCGAAUCGAUGUGCGGAUCAUUGGAGUUGACCUGGUCGUCAAAGUGAAAGAGACGAACAAGACCAUCGAGAUCGAAGACUACCAGCUCAAUUUCCCAAUACCUGUGGAAUAUGACGUUUACGUACUCACACCCGUUGUUGGGCCGUUCGCCGAGCUGCUUAACGGCUUCAUGAGAAGACACUUGACCGAAGAGGAGACGGACAAGCUGGAAGAUCACUCGCGAAAAUACCUAGAGCGUGCCAUAGGAACAGUGACUGAAUUCAUCAAGGAUCCAGCUGCUUGGAUGCCAUGGAACACCUCUAUCAUCGACGCGUACCGCAUAUACAAAGAGAACCAUAGAAAUUAAUUUCCAAAGAACAGUUUGAUCGUUUCGAUAAAUCACUGCAAAUAAAGAAUAUCGAUGCGCGAUACAGAUGUACCUGCCAACCCGCGCACCUACCAUGAGCAGUACACAUGGUGUUA